AUGGUCCCUGGGAGGACGAUGGCGGGGGCCUGCCUCUCCCAAGCCCGCACUCUGGCGGUCGCCGUGUGGCUUCUGGGCGCAAUCGGCCUCCUGCGCACCCAGGCCGGGCCACCGCCGGUGCCCCCCGGUCUGCUUACGGCAGACAACUGCCUGGGCCGCUUUACCCCCGGGGUGCCUGCCUUCGUGCUGGACACCAACGCCUCGGUCAGAAACGGGGCCACCUUUCUGCGCUCCCUCACCGUGCGCCGCGGCCGGGACUGCGUGCAUGCCUGCUGCAGCUCCGAAAACUGCAAUCUGGCGCUGGUGGAGUUACAGCCCGACGGCGGGGAGGACGCCAUCGCCUCCUGCUUCCUCAUCGACUGCCUCUACGAACAGAACUUUGUGUGCAAGUUCGCACCCAGGGAGGGUUUCAUCAACUACCUCAGGCGGGAGGUUUAUCGAUCUUACCGCGAGCUGCGGACCCAAGGCUUUGUAGGGUCCGGGAUCCCCAAGAGCUUGGCAGGCAUAGACUUGAAGGUACAGCCCCAGGAACCCCUCAUGCUGAAGAGUGAGAACACAGACUGGCACCUACUGCAGGGUGACACAGAUGUCCGGGUAGAGAGGAAUGACCCGGACCAGGUGGAGCUGUGGGGACUCAAGGAAGGCAGCUAUGUGUUCCAGCUGACAGUGGCCGGCUCAGAGCAGCCAGAGAGCACGUCCAAUGUCACAGUCACCGUGCUGUCCGCCAAGCAGACAGAAGAAUACUGCCUCGCAUCCAGCAAGGUGGGCCGCUGCCGAGGCUCCUUCCCCCGCUGGUACUACGACCCCACGGAACAGAUCUGCAAGAGUUUUGUCUAUGGGGGUUGCUUGGGCAACAAGAACAACUACCUUUGGGAAGAAGAGUGCAAGCUCGCCUGCCGCAAUGUGCAAGGCCCCUCAGUGGAAAGGCACCAUCCAGUGUGCUCUGGCACCUGUCACUCCAGCAAGUUCCGCUGCAGCGAUGGCUGCUGCAUCGACAGCUUCCUGGAGUGUGACGACACUCCCGACUGCCCCGACGCCUCCGACGAGGCCACCUGUGAAAAAUAUACCAGUGACUUUGAUAAACUCCAGAGGAUCCAUUUCCCCAGAGACAAAGGCCACUGCGUGGACCUGCCAGACACCGGCCUCUGCUUGGAGAGCAUCCCACGCUGGUACUAUAACCCCUUCACUGAACGCUGCGCCCGCUUUACCUAUGGCGGUUGUUAUGGCAACAAGAACAACUUUGAGGAGGAGGAGCAGUGCCUUGAGUCCUGUCGUGGCAUCUCCAAGAAGGAUGUGUUUGGUCUUCGGCGGGAAAGCCCCGUUCCCAACACAGGCUCCAUGGAAGUGGCCAUCGCAGUCCUGCUGGGCACCUGCAUCGUGGUGGUGGUAGCCAUCCUGGGUUAUUGCUUCUUCAAGAACCAGAGGAAGGGCUUCCACAGACAUGGCCACGGCCAUCCCCCGCCCCCUACCCCCACCAGCUCCAAGGUCUCCACCACCGAGGACAUGGAGCACCUGGUCUAUUACCAAACGACCCGACCCCUCUGAGCCAGGGGCUGCCUUGGCCCUUGAGCCAGGGGCUCUCGAGGGCUUUCGCCAGCUCUCACCUGGCCCUGUUUCCUCCUUGCCGAGAUGGAGGCCUGGGCUGGGGAAGACUUUGAGACUGUAUACCUCCAGCCUGUUUCCCAGACCCAUUCUGCCUCCAAGACCAGGGCUCAAGCCUGGCUUGGAGGUGUCUCAGCUAAGCUCAGGCUGCUUGUUCCUGAGAAUGCUCAAGGGUCUGAGAGAUGCAGAAAACCUUUGAGCCAGGAGUCCCACACACGGUUGACCUGUUGGCCUAGGAUUUCAGAGGAAGAUUUGCUUCCUGUUCAAAGCUGCCUGCCCCCACCGCAUGGCCUUGGGAAGGGGCCUGGGGUGGCAUCACAAGCUGGGGGGCCCAACCCAUCCUCCAGAGCUGCCCCUCCCACUCUGCACAGUCCAGGGCUGGGGAGAAGGACUUCCCUGUAUGUUUUGUUGUACAGAGUUGCUUUUUGUUUAUUUAAUGCCACGGGGCUGGGUGAGAGGAGUGGAAAGUGGCUCUCUAGUGCCUGCCUCCUCUUCCCCUUCCCCCAAGAGUGAGCCCCAACCUGGCCCACAGAGCCAGAUCCUCUGUAUCCUCCCCCACCCCCCGGGGCACUCCGACAUCACACUCCCACCCCCACCCACUCCCCUACUUCCCACAGGCCCCAGUCCACCCUCAGUGUAAUAAAACGAUUUGUUCUGUGA